GCGACCGAACUCCGGGAAAACUGUUUGUUGUCCAUCCUUAAACAUAAACAUGCCCACCAGUGAUAAUAUAAUAUCUACAAAUGUAAUUAUAACAUGUGGUUACAGUUAUUUUUGUCAAUUUUUAUUUCUGUGUGAGCGUGCUAAAUAAGAGCAAUAGUUUUGCUUGAUAACUUAAACGUAAAUAAUUAAACCCCGGGAUAAACCCUAGUCAACCAUCUAGAUGCGGCGUCUGUUAGUGGCUCACACAUGUACGCUAGCUUGUUAGCGCGGCUGUGGUUACUGUCGUUACAGUUAGCCAGCUCAUUAGCUUCACUAUACCAAAUUAACGCUAUCCAUGUAAUAACCCAAUUAAGACUCGUGUCUACAGUUCCGCGUUGUCGUUUUCCACAAGCGGGGGCUCCCCCCUUUUUGUCUUUCCUCAGCUCCCACAUGAAUGACUGCUGUUCAGAAUCAUGAAGGUGAAACCCACACAGGUUAAGGGCCAUGCUAAAUCUCAGAAAUGGAAGGAUGUGAGGGGCAAACGGUCCCGGCCCUUCAUCAGUUCCUCAGAGCUCAACUCCAGUCCUGUCAUGGCCAGGAUGGCGAAGGAGCACCAGGCAUCUGUGAAGAAACAGCCCACCAUCAAGAGAUUGAAGAGCAAGGCAAAGCCUGUCACCGACUCCAGGAAAAACACCCAUCAGCCUGCAUUUAAGAAAUCUCACGCUCAGGCUAAUGGAAGUUCAGCGUUUACAUUGGACAACGGGUCAAAUGACUCGGUGGACUGGAAGGAGUAUUCCCAGUCCAUUAAUGGGAACGGAUUGGAGACUCUGGGAGAUAAGGAAGACGUAAGCCUAAGUAGACUGGAGGGAGAAGCUCUCCAUUACUGCGCAGAGAGAGAUGAUCGACAAAACCAUGCAGUACUUGUCAUGGAGACGGAUCAGACCCUGUGUUUCCGUGGGAAGUGCUUUUUGACCUGUCUGUAUGGUCGGGUAGAAGUGAUGGGGUUCACUAUUGAAGAGGGCCAGCAGUCCUAUCCACUCUUCUCCCCAGCCUCACAUUGUCCACUGACUAUUAAAGCCCUGGAAAGCUCUGAUUACUCCAGAGAUGACAGAACGGAGGCUGCUUCCAUCCUCCGAAAGUACCUGUCAACAGCAUCACGGAAAAAGUUGCUAAAACGGAUUACGUCAAACUCAUCCAUCAUCCUACUGGAGCCCAUGGAGACGCCUCUGACACGUUUUCUGUCGAGCUUCACAGAUUGCAGUGAAUUGUUCAGCCCCCCAGUGAGUGAACUGAUGUCAGCUGUUCUUGACACCCCCCUCAAUGGGUUGGGUGUGAUUCCUCUGACCAGAGCCGUUGACGGCCUGAAGAUGUCAAACACCUACAGAGAUGCUCUUAAUAUGCUUGUCAGCGCCUGUAGAGGGGACAUGGAUGGCUGUGCCGUAAUCCUUGUAUGUGGUACCAGGAAUGUGGGCAAGUCGACGUUCAUCCGCAGCCUCAUCAAUACCUUACUAAAUCACACUACUAAUGUAGAUUAUUUGGAAGGGGAUCUCGGUCAAACGGAGUUCACUCCCGCUGGUUGUCUUUCUUUGUCGACUGUCAGAGAACCACUUCUGGGUCCUCCUUUCACACAUCAGUGCACCCCAGAGCACACAAUCUACUACGGUCAUUCGUCGUGCGAGGCGGACUUAGAACGCUACCUGGAAUCCCUCAAAUCCUUGUGGCGUAGACGCUCCCAGAGCCGAGAGACUCCUGUCAUUAUCAACACCAUGGGCUGGGUCAAAGGGUUUGGAUUCCAGGUGCUAGUGGACAUGAUCCGCUUCUUCCCAGUCUCGCACGUGGUCCAGCUCGGUCACAGCGGGAUCACCCAGUGUCCCGCCCUCACGCCAGAGUUUCUGAGGACGGCACACGGCUGCCAGACGCACCCACCUGCUCAGACCGCUCUGGACGAGCUCACGGAGAGCCACAGUCCCCCCCGGAGUUACACUCACCUUAUUGUACAAUCAGAGUUUCAAGGAGUGGGACGCCAAGGGACGGCGAAACACCAGCGCACUAAUGAGCACAGAGAGCUGUCACUGCUGGCUUACCUGAGUCAGCUGCAGUCUCCAGACCCCGGGCCAAUCAGACCGCUGCACAGCCUCACCCCCUACCAGGUGCCCCACACAGCAGUAUCUUUAGGUGUGAUCCAUUGCGAGGUAGUGCCCAGCCACAUGUUUUAUGCCGCCAAUGCCAGUCUGGUGGGACUCUGCUGCCUGGGAGAGAAAGUGGCGAGCAGGGGAGGCCCAGUCCUGUUGUCGCAGGCGCCCAUCUGCCCAUGUGUGGGCUUCGGUGUGCUUCGGGGCAUCGACAUGGCGCGAGGCCUGUACUUUUUGCUGACCCCUGUAGAUCCCUCCAUCCUUCGUAAGGUCAACUGUCUCCUCUUGGGAGCGAUAUCGCUGCCUUCCUGCAUCCUCACAUCACAGCCUGGCUUUGAAGGAGAGAUGCCCUAUGUCACUACGGACUACAGUUUUGAUCUCACUGGUGCAGGAAAGCUGCGAGUCUUCAAGGGACUGACGAGACCCAGUCAAAUGGGGAUGCAAUGACAUUUUCUACACAGCGCCGGUUUAUUGCCCUUUAGCCUUCUCGACUGGUGUCUCAUGCCAAACCAGUCAGCAAUGGCCUUUGAAUGUACAGAACUGAAGUUGACCAGUAUCACAUACUCUGCAGGAAGAGAUGGCUGCCUUCCUAUUGCUGGACUUCUACAUACAUUUUACAGUGCUGUAAAUGAGUGGACAUGGACAAUAAUAGGCUUUUCGGACCAGAAGAAACUUUUUUGUAGUUCUAAGAACAUUUCUAACUUGUACUUCAUUCAGAGUAGGUACUCUCCCAGCACAAGAGGAACUUUGAAUGAGGUGAGCGUACAGUGAUUGGUCGGUCCUGGCGCAAGUGUACGGCAAUGAUCGGUUGAACAUGUGAGCCAAUGCAGCACUGGGAACUGCCAUUUUUAACCGCUAGCUAACUAGACAACAACUCCAACAACUUUAUGCUUCACCCACAUCCACCCUUGUCAAAGUGUAGAAAGCACAUUGCUAUCGCCAGAUGAGUGACAACUUUUUUGGCUCAUUUUUUGUAACCAGUGUAGAAUAAAAACAUGACUCCAAUUAGCAAGCUAGCCUUAGCUAACUAGACAAACUAGGCAAUUCCACCACACUUUCAUGCUACACCAGAAAAAAGAGCCGAACGGCAGGCUGGUGGCCAGGGUUAGCUGCUGGGUCUAACAGCCCCUCCUCCUCCUCACUCCCCGCUGCUAGGAGACCAACGUUACUUAGAUGGGAGGAGAGCCGACGCUAGCUAGUCUGCUCCAGGGAUGGAGCUGCGGGGAGUGAGGCUGUGGGACCGGCUGGCUUACGUGACUUGAGUGUUUCUAUUGGCGGUGAAAAUGCAAAAGCCCUUAAAGGUAUGUAGUUGUCAAUGGAGCUCCCCUGUAGAUAUUUCCUCUCAGAGAGACCCUAGAACUGUUUGGUUCGAAAACGUCUAUUAUCACCCAUUGUACUUAAUUGAAGCUCGUUUAAAGUCUCUUCUUUGUAUAGAUGCAUUCCAAAGCUGCAAAAGAAUUCAAGAACCUGCCAGAUGUUAAAUGACAAACAACUUUGGUUCAGAUUUCUGGUUUUCUUGCUUAAAGUUCUAAACCCAUCUUGAUAUUUACUUCAGUCAUAUAGUCAUAGGUCCAUAUAGUGUGUACAAGGCAGAGUUAAGGAGGGAUCUUUCACAUGACACUUUCUGUGAAUCUUAAGCCCAUUUUUGUCAUUAUUGUGCUAUAAUAGCAGUCAAAGGUUUCACAGAAAUGUCUCUAUUUUUACUGUUGACUAACUCUGCAUUAACUGCUGUACAUUUGGUAUUGUGUUAAAGGGACACAAAAAUGUUCCGGCAUUUGUAGGUCAUUAAAAACUUUUUGUAAAUGCAA